AUGUCCAGCUUCAACAUUUUUCGGCAUUUACACGAACGAGAGAAUGGAGUUCGUAAAGAGCCUCGUACAAUCGAUUUGGAAGACGGAGAAACAGAUUCCGAUCCCACCGAUGAGCCGGUAGUUAUCGCUUGCAAACUAGCGCAAAAAAGAAAAUCUUCGUCACUAGAAUCGCUUGACGAGCCUGAAACUAUGAUAAAAACUACGAAAACAAAUGUUCAAAGUACUUCCCCAACGGAGAUAAAAGUCGAUCCGGACGUUAUAACGCUUUCGGAUGACGAGGAUACGCCAAAUCUCUGGUCAAUCGAUCGCUCAAGAAACGAGACUUCGGAGAAAGAUGUGCUUUAUGUUUUACCGCCUCGUGAGAAGAAGCAAUGUCGAAAAAAUACAAAAACUCCAAAUGAAACGACGAAAUUUGUGGCCGUCUUAACAGGGACGUCUACAUCUUGUGGGGCUGGAACUAUGCUAAAUGUUAAGGACAAGACUCUUAUUUCAACGGAUGAUUACGUAUCUGACGAAUGCGCUAAAUACUUUGAAGACCUAAUAGUGCCGGGUUGCUCAAAAAAGACUCCGGGCGGCAAAAAUCAUGCUACGAAGGGUGAUUACGUAGCAGAUGGGUACGCUAAACAUUUUGAGGAUAAGAAGCCAUCUUUAGUUGUUGAAGUUUCAUCACCCCAUUUGCUCGUUUCACCAAAUCAUGAGAAAAUUUAUAAGCAUGCCGACGUUGACAAUUUAACUUUUGCUACCCGCAAAUACCAUAAAGAAGACGCGCGACGUUUCGAGUUUGCCAAGCCACCUCCACCCAGUGAUGACUUUUCAAGGAUUCGUCUGUGCUCAUACAACGUUCUUUGUCAGUCGACUGCCGAAUCUACGAUGUAUCUAUAUCCACAUAUGAAAUCUGCGAAGCACCAAUGGAAAAUGGGGUGGGCGAAUCGCUCAAAACACUUGAAAACCGAACUCGGGAAACUAAAUGCUGACGUUUUUGGCUUGCAAGAGGUCGAGGCUGACAAAAUCGAGACGUUUUAUGAACCGGUUUUCAAAAACCUUGGAUACACAAUUUUCUACAAGAAGAAAACCGGAGAAUUUGUGGAUGGUUGUCUUUUGGCUUUUCGCACGUCUCGAUUCGCGAUCAAGAAAUACGAGGAAGUUGAAUAUUUUCUCGGCGAAAUGAUGGAUCGUCAUCAAAUUGGGCAAAUUUGCAUUGUGACGGAUACUCAAAGCGGCCAAGAUCUUUGCUUUGCGAACACGCAUUUGCUUUUUAAUGAGAAGCGUGGUGAUAUCAAACUUGGACAAUUGGCGAUUCUCUUUGCGGGCAUUCAUAAGUUGAUGAAUGAUUAUGGAAAAGACGUUCCCGUUUUUAUUACGGGGGAUUUUAAUAUUCAGCCGUUGUCUCCGAUUUAUCGAUUUAUCACAAGAGCAAGAGUUCAUGUUGCCAACCUAUCGCGUCAUGAACUUUCGGGACAGAUCAAAUGUGGCUCCUCACCGGCUAUUGCAAAGACUACGAUUUUGCCAGUGUCAUGUGGUGUGACGAGACACUCAACUUAUGCUUCGAAAAAUAGUCUACCUGAUGGCGAGUGGGAACAUCCGUUUAUGCUCGCAUCCGCGUACGAUCACUUAGCUCCCGAUGGAGAAGAAGCCGUUUCUACUUAUCAUACGGGCUCGGGCAACCCCGACUUCAUUUUUUAUUCGGUUGACAACGUGCAAUCUAUCAACGACGAGAAAGUGGAAGUUAAAGAAAUGGAAAAAAUUCAGCUGGUUACACGACUUACUCUACCAUCGAAAAAUUUCUUGCAAAGGACAUUGGGCUGUUGGCCAAAUCUCUACGUCCCAUCGGACCACAUUCCCUUGCUGGCCGAAUUUGCUAUCAAAAAAGUAACCGAUACGUCGAGCCAAUCAAAUUCGCAAGAUGUUUUAACGACUUGGGAUGAUAAAAAGCAGAGGAUCUAUCUUAGAAUAUGUGACUAUGAAACAAAAGAAUUCUCGGGCUUAACAACAUAUCAUGGAUUGGUUCGAAUCUACAACUCGAACACAUGGCCAUCGCGGAUUUUUUGGUGUGUCGUCGUCUUGUCGUGUCUUUUUCUCUUCAUGAUACACAGUGGUUUCCUUUUACUCAACUAUCAUUCAAAGCCGACUCUAUUUCAAGUGAAUGUGAUCGUUCCCGAAGAGGGUUUACUUUUUCCCGACAUUACGAUAUGCAACAAUAAACCGGUGUUCGCUGAGAAGUUAAAAGCCUGGAAAAUGCCAUCCGAUGUGCUUCAGUACGUGCUUAAAGCCUACUCAAAAGAUAUGGAAAGUGAUUUAAAAAUUUUGACAAGCGAACAAGCCGAGUUUGUGAAAUACACAAAUGACUAUCGAAAUGCCACCAAAAAGGUCUUCUCAUUUAUGGAGUUUUUCUCGAGUGUUGGAGCCGAUUGUCACUCGAUGGUCGAGUGGUGCGCGUUUGGCGGAGUGCCGUUGGACGAAUGCUGUCAACAGACGCAACCAAUACUGACAGACUCUGGGCUUUGCGUACGCUUUCCGAACUCGAAAUUUCAACACCGUCAAUGGUUCUCCGGGUGGGCCCACGGGUGGCAAAUUAUGCUGAAAAUCGACGCAAAUGAGGAAAAUGAGAGCAACUUCUUGCCGGACGAGUUCGCUGAUGAGGGAGUACGGGUGGCUGUUCAUGAGGCAAAUGAGUUCCCAUCGAUGAGGGCUCAUUCGGUUUCUGUACCGCCGGGCACCACUCUCUACACGGGAAUCGAUGUGAGAAAUGUGACUCUAUUGGCUCGUCACGAUUGGGGACUCUGUCAACCGGAUUGGGAUCCAGCCAUUCAUGGAGAUCUCGUUAUACCUUUUGGGUACUCUUCUCGACAUUGUGAGGCGAAUUGUCUGAUGAAGAGAAAAUUCUCGCGAAUCCUCGUCAAUGUCUAUAUGAGAGAGAUCUCCUACGAACGUCAUGAGCAACAGAAACAAAUGCAAACAGCCGAUUUGUUGAGUAACAUCGCCGGUUCAAUGGGUCUUUUUUUGGGCAUGUCAACGGUGACUUUAUUAGAGAUUUUUAUUUAUCUCUUUAAAUCCGUUUGGGGAACGAUUAAUAGCGAUCGACAAAAGCAAUUUGUUGAAGCAAUGAUUAUGGAAGAGAAUGAACUGCAAAGCGAGCAACAAGUGAUCGUUGUUGAAGAGGAGCAGAAUGAGCCACUAAUGUCAUCUGAUCAAAUGCCAUUAUUGCACGAGAGAAAAGCGUCAAGACGGAUCUCAAUUGUGCCCAUUUCUGCCUACAAUACUGGCUCGAUUGGUCAAAGAAAAGCGAGCUUAAUGCCUGAGUAUCUGGCUGAGGAUCGACCGCCAAAGAGAUCAAUCUCUGCGUGCGCUCCACUACUUGGAUCAAGACGGGUCUCCCUUGCGAGCAAUCAUGAUCGACGAAGGGCCAGUCAUCAGGAUUCAGUCGUUACAACAAUCGGAAUUCCGAGCUCAUCGACCGCGUGGAGUUCAUUUUCGGCUGAGGAACCGAAUCGUAUCAACGUUUUCCACACCCGUCGCCACUCGGCCGUUCCAAACAAAAAACGCGGGAGUUUUCUUGAUUUU